UACACAGGUGCCUUGCAGUUUGAUCAGCACAAUAGUCCGACCAAGGUUCUGACAGCAUGGGAUAGAAAUGGUGAAAAUGAGUCCAUCGCAGCAGCAACCUUUGUGAUACCAACACUGCUAGAGGUCUACAACCAAGAUGGAAUCAAAGUUCACUUCAUGCUCGGGCAAAAAGCAGGGAAUAUGUCUGAUGGGAGUGAUAUGGCAACCCUGAUCUGGACAGGUCCUCACGGACAAAAGGCCCGAUUGAACAUCGUCAAGUUAUUCAGGGAGCACUGCAUCAAGGAGGCUAAAGAAUCCGUGGCAAGAACCUAUGGAUCAAUGUCACCCGAUAACAUUUUACUAAGAGAGGAUGCACAAAAGUUCAUAGAUUUGUGCUUAGCAAAGCAGCGUGUGGUUGAUGUAAAUUGGAUAUGUUCACAAGUCCAGCAAUUUGCUUACAAACGGAGAGAAUUCAACAGAUAUGAAAAAAGUAAAUUAAAUUCAUGGGCACAAAAGUAUAAUCUAAGAGGGAGAAAAGCACCUCCAAGAGAAGUUAAAUAUUCAUAUGAAAAACCGGCAACUUUAAACUUGCAAUAUUCAGCCCACCCAGAGAUGUACAGGCUUGUUCUCACACACAUUGCUGUGUUGGGGAAUUUCUUGAUAUUUUUUACAAAGCAUUCUUCGACACACUCCCAAGAGUACUUAUGGACUAUGGAUCUUGAAUCCAGGGACGCCUUUCUUGCCUCCAAGGUUCCAUUUAAAACUGCCACUAUGACUAGCCUUCCAGUACGCAAUCAAGUGUGUCACACCAUUCCGGGAGCAAACCUCCUUCUCAACAAAGUAUCAGAUACACAGUUCAAAGUGACAAAUAUCAAGAAAAUGAAAGAAUUAGAAAUUGAACGUGUCAACUGUUGUCCUUCCAGUACCUCAUCCUGUGCUGAUAUAUCACGAAUGUUUUUGUUCGGUAGCCAGCUAUUUGGCAUUUCCUUUAACAGCAGGAUCUGGAGCUGGAGCAAGGAGAAGUCCCAGGGAGAGUUAGAGGGUGAUGAAUUUGCAGGAACACGUGACCUUGAACUCAUAGGCAAUGUCCUGGUGGUGAGCACGGAUCGUGGGAUCAAAUUUAGUCCUGUACCAGCUGACCAUGACCAGGUGCUAUAUUCACUUCCUGUAGUUCUAUCUGCAGAGUUCAAAGGCACUCCACUCACUCUGAACAAGGAAGGAACAAUGAUCUGCAAAGGUAGAGAGAGAAUAAAAGUCACUGGCACCCAGGAAGAAAUGAGGAAUGGAAAGAAAGUGUACAGGGCAGCAAUUUCUCUGGAUAACAUAGCAGUUGUGAUGCUGGUACCCUCAGACCUGAAUGGACCAAAAUUGAUGACUACCAUUGAGAUCCUCAUGGCUGUAACUCUGCCAGGUUAUGGUACCGAGACAUGCUUCAUUAGUCAGCAAGUUGGGGUGCUGUUUGGAUGGAGUCAUUCCAAGGAGACGGCAGAAGACUACAGGGAACAUGUGUUCCAGGUGGACUAUGAUGCUAGACUAAGGGGCGUGCUACCCUUCCUCGGCUAUGGGCCACGCUCAUUUUUGCCAGUGUACUUACCAGGUGACUCAGACAUACAGGCUAAACAUCCAGGCCACGGACAGGCAGGGUGGUACGUGUUCAUGAGGGACGGACACGAGGGUAUCAUAGGGAUCAAACUGUUCUGUUAAUGUCGCAGACACUGGAAAGUAGGGACACUACAAAGCCAUAUUCCUGUGUAUACACUUGGCAAUUUUUAUUAUUUUCUCCUUAAUAUUCUGGGCCAUCACCCAAUUCAUUAUGACAUAUUUUGUACAUUUGGGGAUUGAAUUAAAACAAAUAUACUAGGCCCUUGUUGUAAGUCAACUUUGUUCCCACUUCAUAACUAUUUUUAUCUUGUUCCUUGGUACCGGUAUACAAAGCUCAACUCGUAUCUAACAGUUAACCCUUUCACCCCUAUGCAACUUUAGUAAACUCUACCAGGCAUUGAUCUGGAUGAGUCCAUUUUGGUCUACAGUGGUGAAAGGAUUAAAUGUAGUGAUUUUAAAUUCCUUCUUCUUCUUCAUUGUCUUUUGGUAUCAAAAGAGGUUUUUUUACCCAGAGCAUAAUUCGAGAAUAUUUUGUUGAGAGUGGAACUUUUUUACUAUUUCACCAGUCCUAUUACAGUACCUGUAUUCAUGAAACUUGCUAUACUUACCCGUAUGUAUCAUGGGAUGGCAGAAUCUCAGGUAAUAAAUUGAGCCUCAUUCUUCUCUUUAUGCAUUGUUAAUGCCCCUUGUUCUUUUAUAAACACAUUUUUUGUGAAUAUUUAGAAUACCUACUUUCGCCCUUGCGGUGCUCUAAGAAUCUUUACAUUUAUAAUUAGCUUACUUAUCCUGCAAUAUUGUAAAAAUGUCCUUUCAUACCAUAUAGAUGUAUACGUACCUUUCUGUUUAUUUUGGAUGAUUUUACCCUUGAAUACUUUUGUGUGUUGUUGUUGAUGUUUGUUUAUCUUUUUAGAAAAAUAGUGUAUUGAUAAUUCAUGUUACACCAGGAGCUAUAAACUUGUUUUCAAAUCCC